GGCUGGCGCAUGCUCUGUGGCGGGGCUGGGGGUGAUGGUGGUGCUGGGCUGAUGGCGGCGGCGGAGGCGGCGCUGCGCUGAGGGAGCCUGUCCCGUCCCGCCGGCCCGUCCGCCGCUCUGCCAUGGGAAAUGAGGCCAGCCUGGAGGGUGGGGGAGCUGACGGGAGGCUCCCGCCCGGCCCCGUCGCCGGACACCCGUCGCCGCUCGGAGCUGCCAAGCCGCCUUCAGCACCAGGCGCCGCCGGACAGCUCCCGGGGAGGGCAGCGGCCCCCGCGUCCGCCGACAGCACACCAAGAAGACCGGCUCAGUCGGAUCUCCCUGUUGGAGAGAGAUCAGCUUCCCCAUCCCUUAAACAGUCUGCCCAGACCCAUGAAAGCACAAGAGAGAUGCUGAGCCAUGGACACGCCAGCCAACAAUCAGAUGGACCUAGGAGGAUGCUCCAGGUGGACGCCAGAAUUCAGAGAUCAGGACGAUCUCCCUCUGUAUCACCAGAUCGAGGCAGCACCCCUACCUCACCUUAUUCUGUCCCACAAAUCGCACCCCUUCCAAGCAGCACUCUCUGUCCGAUAUGCAAGACAACAGAACUCACUUCCUCUCCUAAUCAGCCAAACUUCAACACUUGUACACAGUGUCACAACAAGGUCUGCAACCAGUGUGGAUUCAACCCCAACCCCCAUCUCACUGAGAACAAGGUCAGCUCCCAGACUACUGCACUGGGCAGCACAGCAUGGGGAGGAGGUGACCAGCCCUCUGUGGAGAAAGUGGUUCGGGACUAUUUAGAAAAGCUGGACAAGCACGAGUCCAUGGGGCCAGAUACGCUGCAUCCGAGAGUGCUAAAGGAGUUGGCGGAUGUGAUUGCAGAGCCAUUGGCCAUUAUCUUUGAAAACUCAUGGCAAUUGGGGGAGGCCCUGGACGACUGGAAAAAGGCUAAUGUAGAGCCCAUCUUUAAAAAAGGGAAGAAGGAGGAUCCUGGGAACUACAGGCCAGUCAGCCUCACCUCAGUCCCUGGAAAAAUCAUGGAGCAGGUCCUCAAGGAAUCAAUUCUGAAGCACUUAGAGGAGAGGGAAGUGAUCAGGAACAGUCAGCAUGGAUUCACGAAGGGCAAGUCAUGCCUGACUAAUCUAAUUGCCUUCUAUGAUGAUAUAACUCGCUCUGUGGAUGAGGGGAAAGCAGUGGACAUGUGAUUCCUUGACUUUAGCAAAGCUUUUGACACGGUCUCCCACAGUAUUCUUGCCAGCAAGUUAAAGAAGUAUGGGCUGGAUGAAUGGACGAUAAGGUGGAUAGAAAGCUGGCUAGAUUGUCAGGCUCAACGGGUAGUGAUUCAUGGCUCCAUGUCUAGUUGGCUGGCGAUAUCAAGCUUCCUGGACACUACGGUGCUAAUAAGCAAUGGUCACAUAAACACCACCCUAUACCAGAAACCUACUGACCGCUAUGCCUACCUACAUGCCUCCAGCUUUCAUCCAGACCACACCACACGAUCCAUUGUCUACAGCCAAGCUCUAUGAUACAACUGCAUUUGCUCCAACCCGUCAGACAGAGACAAACACCUACAAGAUCUCUAUCAAGCCGUCUUACAACUACAAUGCCCACCUGCUGAAGUGAAGAAACAGAUUAACAGAGCCAGAAGAGUACCCAGAAGUUACCCACUACAGGACAGGCCCAACAAAGAAAAUAACAGAACACCACUAGCCAUCCCCUUCAGCCCCCAACUAAAACCUCUCCAACGCAUCAUCAAGGAUCUACAACCUAUCCUGAAGGACGACCCAUCACUCUCACUGAUCUUGGGAGACAGGCCAGUCCUUGCUUACAGACAGCCCCCCAACCUGAAGCAAAUACUCACCAGCAACCACACAUCACACAACAGAACCACUAACGCAGGAACCUAUCCUUGCAACAAAGCCCGUUGUCAACUGUGCCCACAUAUCUAUUCAGGGGACACCAUCAUAGGGCCUAAUCACAUUAGCCACACUAUCAGAGGCUCGUUCACCUGCACAUCUACUAAUGUGAUAUAUGCCAUCAUGUGCCGGCAAUGCCCCUCUGCCAUGUGCAUUGUCCAAACUUGACAGUCUCUACAUAAAAGAAUAAACGGACACAAAUCAGACGUCAAGAAUUAUAACAUUCAAAAACCAAAGAGAUUGAAGUGUUCUCCGACUGGUCACUUGAUUACAGACCUAAAAGUGGCAAUUCUUCAACAAAAAAACUUCAAAAACAGACUCCAAUGCGAGACUGCUGAAUUAGAAUUAAUUUGCAAACUGGAUACAAUUAACUUAGGCUUGAAUAGAGACUGGGAGUGGAUGUGUCAUUACACAAAGUAAAACUAUUUCCCCAUGUUUAUUUCCGCCCCUACUGUUCCUCAGACAUUCUUGUCAACUGCUGGAAAUGGCCCACCUUGAUUAUCACUACAAAAGGUUUUUCCCCCCCGCUCUCCUGCUUUUCACUCUGGGUUAGGGGUGGGUGAACACUUUAUUCAAUGAAUAUGCCUCUUGUUUUCUUCAGGAGUCUAUGAACAGAAUGAUUUUUACAGAUUUGUUCAUUAAUUACAAAUAUUUGAUAAUUGGAUGACUCAAUCAUAUUUCAACCUAUUGUUUGUUUAUGAAAUAUUCCCCACGAUUGUUGCUAUGAGUAGUUGUUCUUAGUAGUAUUUGUGAUGGAUUCCCCCCAGAGUGUCACCUGGAACUGGGGUGCCACUGAGCCCAUCUGACCCACCAGCCUGGACUCCCUUUACACUGUAUUGCUGUGACAGGCCCUCAAGCCGCCUCCAGCACACAUACAGGUAGAGACACACCCAACUGCAGCUAGAGACAGAUGUUGAGAUCAGCUGUGCAUGGGAAGGCUUCAGCUAAGGAACUGCUGAGCUACUCAAGUGCACAUCCUUCUCUGGAGGCUCUCGUCCCCUUAUGCCCCUACUCUACUUGCGCUACAUUGAUGACAUCUUCAUCGUCUGGACCCAUGGAAAAGAAGCCCUUGAGGAAUUCCACCAUGAUUUCAACAAUUUCCAUCCCACCAUCAACCUCAGCCUGGAUCAGUCCACACAAGAGAUCCACUUCCUGGACACUACAGUGCUAAUAUGCGAUGGUCACAUAAACACCACCCUAUACCGAAAACCUACUGACCGCUAUGCUGACCUACAUGCCUCCAGCUUUCAUCCAGACCACACCACACGAUCCAUUGUUUACAGCUAAGCUCUACGAUACAACCGCAUUUGCUCCAACCCCAUAGACAGAGCAAACACCUACAAGAUCUCUAUCAAGCAUUCUUACAACUACAAUACUCACCUGUGGAAGUGAAGAAACAGUUUGACAGAGCCAGAAGAGUACCCAGAAGUUACCUACUCCAGGACAGGCCCAACAAAGAAAAUAACAGAACGCCACUAGCCAUCCCCUUCAGCCCCCAACUAAAACCUCUCCAACGCAUCAUCAAGGAUCUACAACCUAUCCUGAAGGAAGACCCAUCACUCUCACAGGUCUUGGGAGACAGGCCAGUCCUUGCUUACAGACAGCCCCCCCAACCUGAAGCAAAUACUCACCAGCAACCACACACCACACAACAGAACCACUAACCCAGGAACCUAUUCUUGCACGAAAGCCCGUUGCCAACUGUGCCCACAUAUCUAUUCAGGGGACACCGUCAUAGGGCCUAAUCACAUCAGCCACACUAUCAGAUGUUCACCUGCACAUCUACUAAUGUGAUAUAUGCCAUCACGUGCCAGCAAUGCCCCUCUGCCAUGUACAUUGGUCAAACUGGACAGUCUCUACGUAAAAGCAUAAAUGGACACAAAUCAGACGUCAAGAAUUAUAACAUUCAAAAACUAGUUGGGAGAACACUUCAGUCUCUUCGGUCACUCGAUUACAGACCUAAAAGUGGCAAUUCUUCAACAAAAAAACUUCAAAAACAGACUCCAAUGCGAGACUGCUGAAUUGGAAUUAAUUUGCAACUGGGUACAAUUAACUUAGGCUUGAAUAGAGACUGGGAGUGGAUGUGUCAUUACACAAAGUAAAACUAUUUCCCCAUGUUUAUUCCCCCCCCCUCCACCCCCCACUGUUCCUCAGACGUUCUUGUCAACUUCUGGAAAUAGCCCUCCUUGAUUAUCGCUACAAAAGGUUCCCCCUCCACCCCGCUCUCCUGCUGGUAAUAGCUCACCUUAAGUGAUCACUCUCUUGUUACAGUGUGUAUGGUAACACCCAUUGUUUCAUGUUCUCUAUGUAUAUAAAUCUCCCCAUUGUAUUUUCCACUGAAUGCAUCCAAUGAAGUGAGCUGUAGCUCACGAAAGCUUAUGCUCAAAUAAAUUUGUUAGUCUCUAAGGUGCCACAAGUACUCCUUUUUUUUUUGCGAAUAAUUUUUCCGUGUUCUCUGAAAUUUUUUCUUGGGGUCUAUUGAAUCAUUUCUCUCCCUUUCCCAGUUAUGAGGGUUUUUUAAAUCUCUGUUUUCUAAGGCUCCAAUUCAACAUGCUUAAGUGUUUUGCUGAUUUGGUGCCUAAAUGCUUGUCUGAUGCUGGAAUAUGAUUGAUUUUGCUCUGAAACUCUUUGGGGUUAUGGAAAUUCUUUGCUGUCUCUCUCACAUUUCUGUUAUGAUUCUAAAGUUGUUAAUUUGGAAAAUUGGGUUCAAACUCACUGAACAGAUUUAUUAUUUUGUGCAUGCAAAGAGCAUAUUUUGGGUUCAUUUAUUUCACUUAGACUUCAUCUUGCUAAAUGACUUUCUUUACCAGGAUCUCACUUACCCUGAAUAUUUUUUGAGUUUACUCUCUUUACUGCCUCAUAGAGUGUGAUGGCUUUUAGAUGCAGACAUCUUUCUAGAUUUAACUCUCAGCUGCACACCUCUGACUUUUUAUUUUUGUAUUGAAGAGGUAGAUAUUUAUAGUAUAUUACAUACAAAAAUCUAUGUUACAAGAGUGCUAGGGUUGUAAAGUCAAGCAGAGUUCAAGAAAUGCCAGAAUUAAGAUCAACCUCUUGUACGUAUGUGUUAUUAUAAUCUUUAAUCGCACCGUUGUUCCUACAAGAUGGUGCCUAAUUCGGUGUGCAGGAUGGACAGUGCUCAGGGAGGGAGAAAGAAGUUACAACAUUCCUUUUUAUCUUCAUCAUUCAGUUUGUGGCCCACACCAUCCAAACCGUGCACUGAAUAUGCAAUUAUUAAUUUACUUUUGUAGUUUUCUGUGGAUCUCAUUACCACAGCGUUGGAGUAUCUCACAAAUAUCAAUGAAAUUAUGUGCACAGCACCUGUGUGAGGUAGACCAGGAGCCACAUCUACAGAGAGGUUAAGGCCAAAAGUAUAUAGGAAGAGCCAAUAAUUUUAGAUGCCUGUGAUGGGGUGACCCGCCCCUUUAUAAAUGUAGUGGUUCCUAAUGAUCAGCUCAUCCCUGUCAUGCGCCAAGGCCCUUUAAGAGUUUGGGUUGAUUAGAUACACAAAGAUCGAGGAGAUAUGAGGAGAGAGGAAAUACGUAGUAAGUAGUGUUUGGAAGGAAUCCUUACUGUAUUUUUAAAGGCCUGAGAUGAGGAGCAUUGCAGAAUGGUGGGGCAAGGCUCUCCUCUCCCAGCCAACUGAGAUGAAUGUUCAGGAAGGGGAUUAGCGUAUAUACUCCCCCUGUCACACACACAGCCUGGUAGCAAGGGAAGCAUCAGCAGGAGAAGAUUGGCUUGCUGAACUCUCCAAGCUGGAGGACUAAUUGGAAAAAAGGGUCCCGCUGAAGAUGAAGCUAAAGUCCUGCAGCUGGCUUUAACCACCACCCCAGCUUCCUGUAGGAUAGGUGUGGGGAACUCCUGUCUGAAGGAGGGAGAUAUUGCCAGGUUGAGCCAUAACUCCAGCUCCACAAGGAGGGCUGACGGAAACUCCAGCCUUAAGGAAGGAAACCGUAAGGUCAGUUUGGAAUAUAGCUGCUUGGGUGCCAGGGAAGCCCUGAAAGCAGGGGAUGUGAGUAAUAGACCAUGAAAAGCCAACCGUGAAACCAGGAUGUCAGAAGUAGAGGCCCAUAGGGUGAAUCAGAGGAACAUUCUCCACGAGCAGCACAGUAGGAAGCAGGCCAAGGAAACAGUGAACGGUUGGAAGUGGUUGGUACCAACCACUUUAGGUAGAGUCUGGCCUGGAGCCCAGAGAGAGGCGGGGGUCCUGGCUUCCUCUACCAGACCCUGCAAGAGAGUUUAUUAAGGCCUUGAGCAAGUGGGCCACACUCAAGGAGGCCAGGGGCUACGUGCCCUCAGCUUGGGCAGCUGGCCUACCAAGGCAUUGGACUUCUUUGCACUCUGAAAGGGGAAAGCACUACUAACAACCUGGUUGGAGGGCUGAGGUUGUGACAGAGGGCGAAUCAGCAAGUUUGAUGGUGAAGUGGCCAUCAGAGAGAAGGAGGGAAACUCAGGCAAGCUUGUUGCAAGGAGGCUCUGCAGAAUGGAACUGACCAGUUAACAGUGCCCAAUUUACCUGAUUUUUCAGAGGUGCCGAGUAAAAGUAAUAGAGGUCAAGGAAGAUGAGGAAGGAAGACAGUCCCUGGGAUUUGCCAAGAAAAAGUAGUUAGAAAUCUUGGUGACAGCAGUUUUAUUGAAAUGGAGCGGGCAGAAGCCUGACUGGAGGGGAGCCAGGAUGGAGUUGCAUGAUUGAAACUCAAGACUGUGUUGGAAAACGACACAUUUAAUGAGUGACAGAACUGACAGGAAGAAGGAAAAUAGAGCAGUAGAGGGAGACACAGGUAGGGCUAAGGGUCAGACUUUGGGUAUGAGGAAAGUAGGGGAUGCAGUCUAAAAAGUCUGGGAAGUUAGAGGAGAGAGUGGUGGUGGGAGGGCAGGGGCAUAUGGUGGGGUUAAAGGUAGGGAACAGAUGAGAAACCUUAGUGCUGGUGAUAAAGGAAAGAAGGGAGGUAUUCUCAGCACAGAUGAUGAGAGAGAUGGUUUUCUGUUGGAUAUGUUUGGUGUAAAUUCAACAAUGAUUCACUUUGGCACAGGGACUGCAAAAGGCUAAUGGACUAGUUACCUCAAAGGGGGCAGACAGCAGGUGAGUCCUUGCCCUGAACUCUACAGCAGCCAGCAGGACUGGCAUAUUUCAGAGGGAAGGGCAUGCUGCGUCUUCCUAAGGGUGAGCAACUAUACUGUCCUAUAUUCCAGGAAGUUCAAGGAGAUACUGCCCCCUUAGUGAGGCCCAGUGCCUCCUGGAGCUCUUAACACAGAGCUCUCUGUUAAUAGCAGUGCUAUGGUUGAAGACCUGCAGGAUCAACAUGUUCAUUUCCAUGGCAGUAAUGAUGCUGAGUUCUGAGUUUUCUGUACAAUCUGAAUUCCCCAUUGCAAAAUUCUGUGUUGAUUCAACUGGCUGGCCCAAGAUUUGCUACUGUUCUUAGCCCUAAUGUGACUUCUUGUCUCACUGUUAAAUAAUCAGCAAAAUUCCAGUAUUUAUUUAAAAGCUAUCAUGAGGUUAUCCUAGCUAAGGCAGCUUGUUUACAAUGGGCAACUGUCCAAGGACAGGUUAAAAAUAUGCCACGCUGGACUAGUCUGCCAGUAGAGAGAGAGAGUAUUAGACAAUCUGAAAUGUUGACUUGUGUAGCAAAUUACUGUCUUUAUGGUGCAAAAUCAUUGGGCUUAAUACUUUGUUGAAACUCAAGACUAUGAUGUAUACAGACUAUCAGGAAGACUGUUAUACAGGACAGGAUCUACAUGUAUUAGGAAAGCAUUUUGGGGGACCAUAUUAACUUUAGGAACUGUAGCUUAUUAUUGUUCUUGCUAGAAAAAUGAGCCCAUCUAUCUAAAUGUGCACUCUAUAUUAUAAGGUCAUCACUGAGCUUCCAUUAUAAAUCAUCAUUUAAUUAAAAAAUAAGUCUCAUUUAGGGAUGAAAACUUCCACACACUGUGUCACACCAAAGGGUGAAUUAUUUUUAAGUUUGAGGAAAAUCCAUUCAGUUUUUGAGUUAUUCAUGAUGGAAAUACAUUUAUUCUGUUUAAAAAAUAAGCCUUUUAUGUUUUACUUAAAUGUGCAUAUUGUGCAAAGGAAAAAUGUGUCAUCGGUUGCAAUGAGCUAAGGAAAAAUACGAAAGUACAAUAUAAAGCUAUAUUCAUCAUGUCAUAAAAUAAUGUUACACUUGUUUUCUGCUUUGUUAUAAGAAAAUUCAGAUAAAUGACCAGAUCAAAGUGGAAAGAGAAACCACAGGAAACAAAGAAAUAAUGACAUGCAGAACACAGGAUGUUAGCCAGAAGAAAUACCACACAGAGCUAGGAAAUUGUCAUCACACAAGAAUGACAUCAGCCUGAAACUGUCCCCAGCUCUGUUUCAAUAGGCUUGGUAAUAAUGCUCCCUGUACAUAGCUAUCUGUCAAACAGUUCUAAAAUUAGAGACCAAAUUUCAUCACAUUUGUAGAGUUAUUCACUUUGAUCAUAUACUGCACUUCCUAAAGCUGUCACUCAAUCCACUUCUAUGCAUUGGGAGGCAAAGGUGGUUUCCGGUGCUUUAGUGUCUGAUAUUGUUUCUGAGAAUCAGUGUUUUUGUGAUCACUUAUUACCUGAUCUAAAGUCCAUUGAGUUCACUGGGCUUUGGAUCAGUUCGUAAUGCAGGCCCAUCCACAUCUCUAACACCUAUGAGUCUUUAAUUCCUACUUUAUAUAUAUUGGAUGAAAUCCUGACCUCACUAAAGUGAGUUGAAAAACUGUCCUUGACUUUAGUGAGGUCAGGAUUUCAUGCAGAGUUUGGAGUCAAAUAUACCUGAAAAUUAUUUUGUGGUGAAACAGAAGACAGAUCCAUUGAGGUCUUUUUUGUAACUUGUGUAUCUGGGAUCCGGAGGGGGCAGGAAUCCCUAAUUCCUGCCUCCAUUUACUUUGAAGUGUUUCCAUACUUUGUGGCCUUAGUUAAACAAGCACAUAUUGGCACGGUGACCUGACAGGGUGCCCUUUUUUUCCUAUGCAUUUUUGCAAGUCUGGCAAUUUCAAUACUGAUAUUGCACUGGGGCCUCCCAUCCAAGUACUGCCCAGGCCUUACCCUAUUUAGCUUAUGAGAUCAGAGGGCUGGACAUGGGAGUGGUGGAGAGAAGGGUAUGAAUGUAUUGUCUGAUUUACAGGGGAUUUAGUAUAUGCUUUUAUAAGAGGCCCCAUCUCUUCUCUCCCUGUUCCCCAACCACAGCAGGUCACUCUGCAUUGUGUUCCAUUAAAAAAUAAACAACAGUUUUAGAAAACCUUCAAGCUUCAGGGAUUAAGACAGCCUCUGUCUGUUGGGGAUCAGGAGAAAAAUUUCCCUGGAGCAGUUUAUCUCAGAACUGUCUGUUGCAAGGUUUCUGCACCUUCCCUGAAGUAUCUGGUACCAGCUGCUCUUGAUGACAGGAUAUUGGACUAAACAGACUACUGGCUUGAUCCAAUCUGGGACUCCUAUGUUCUUGUGUU